AUGGACCCUCAUCUCCUGCUCCACAUAUUUCUUCCAGUCUUGGUUUUUGAGUCUGCUUUUGCUAUGGAAGCUCACACGUUCAUCAAAUCUUUCAUGCAAAUCGUCGUCCUCGCUAUUCCUGGCUUAUUGUUGGCAUCAGUUCUGACAGGCCUGUUAGCCAUGUAUGUAUUCCAGUAUAACUGGGAAUUGGCUGAUUCCAUGAUGUUUGGCUCAAUUCUCAGUGCCACGGACCCAGUUGCAGUCGUGGCUUUGUUGCGUGAAGUAGGUGCAUCGAAACAACUUGGUACACUCAUAGAAGGAGAAUCGUUGCUGAAUGACGGUGCUGCUAUUGUACUCUUCAACGUUCUCCGGAAAAUUUCGAAAUCAGCAGGACAAAGUGUGGACGGUGGGGAGAUAGUUUUAAAUUUCAUACAAAUUGUCUUUGGAGGCACUCUGUUUGGAUUCGUCAUGGCAAAACUUACCACACUAUGGCUAUCUGAAAUAUUCAACGACGCAUUAACAGAAAUCACCAUCACACUAGCAUGUACUUAUAUGACAUAUUUCAUAGGUGAAAAUUUCUUUGGAGUCUCCGGGGUGUUGGCAAUCGUGGUUGUUGGGGUGAUCUUAAAUGCGGAAAGAACCAGUAUUAGUCCUGAAGUAGAAGCUUUCUUGCACAGAUUUUGGGAAAUGAUGGCAUACCUGGCCAAUACCUUGAUCUUUAUUCUUGUGGGCGUGGUGAUCACAGAGCGUUCCCUCAGCCAUGCGGUUGGUAAAGACUGGUUUUACAUGAUUGCGCUGUACUUUGGGAUUAUAGUAAUAAGAGCGUUGGUGAUAUGCUUAUUCAGUCCUGUUCUAAAACGAAUUGGGUACGGCAUGAAUUGGAAAAACGGAGCCGUAAUGACUUGGGGAGGUCUCCGUGGUGCAGUUGGAUUAGCCUUGGGGUUAUUAGUUGCUCAGGACCCUGAGCUUAACCCUGAUGCACCUAUCAAUAUAAAAGGAAAUAAGAUGCUUUUGCACGUUUCUGGUAUAGUGAUCUUGACGCUGCUGAUUAAUGCAACCACAAUCUCUACGCUUCUCAAGAUAUUGGGAAUGAGUGACAUUUCAACAGCCAAAAGAAUGACAAUGGCCAAUGCUGUAAGGCAUUUGAAGGAAACAAAGGGAAGGACUCUGAAUGUUCUGAAGGCUGAUCGCUUUUUAGCUGACGCUGACUGGGACAUGGUUGAAGAGUCAUGUGAAAUUUCAGAUCCAUAUCAUACUACUGAAGAAGAGGCAGAGCUGGACAGCUUGGUAUAUUACAACCGAACUACCACCUGCCCUGACUGUGAAACAGCAGUGCCAGCAGAACCCUCACCACAGGAAUAUAAGGAAAUGGUCAAUGAAGCAAGACUUAGGAUGUUGAGAGCUGAAAAGGUUUCUUAUUGGAAGCAGUUUGAACAUGGCAUGCUGUCCAGAGAGGCUGUCAGGAAACUGGUAGACCAAACUGAACAUGCUGCAGACCAUGAAGGAGGAUUUGUUGAUGUGGAAGAAAUCAAGAAAAGUUGGCAAAUCAAAGGAAUUUAUCCACUUUUGAAAAGGAAACUAGAGAGCUGGAUAUUGGACACCAAAAUACAAUCUGUUCCUCCUCCAAAAAGACCUCUCCUUCGAAAAAUCUACAAAAUGGUGAAUUCAGUUGCCUUUGAAUCCAUUGUGUACACUGUGAUUUUCUUGAAUAUGAUACCUAUCAUCGUGGAGACAAGUUGGGAUAUAUCAAAUGAAGAACAUCACAAAGUUAUGUUUGACAUUAUCAACUACAUCUUCUUUUCUUUGUAUAUUAUUGAAGCAGGUCUCAAAAUUCUUUCAUAUGGAAAAUAUUACUUUGCAAGUCACUGGAACAAGUUUGAUCUGGUUAUCAUUGCUCUGUCAGUAGUUGACAUUGCCAUUGAUCUGACAGUUGACUUGGGAUCUGCAGCAGAAGCAUUUAAUCCGAACCUACUGAAAAUUCCCAAGAUUUUCAGAUUGCUCAGGAUGAGCAGGUUGCUACGCCUAUUUAAGCCCCUGAUUCCAAAGAUAAUUGCUUUCCUUAACCGUCAAAUCAACCAAAUGUUAAGCUAUGGGUAUGAUGUAGGAAAGGGAUAUGUGGUGGGUGAAGAAGAGGUAAAAAAGCUUAUUGACCACAUCAAUGACAACAAGAAAAUAGCUGUCAUUCUAAAACAAGUGUCAGACAAAGGAAGACUAGAAGUCAUAAGAGAACUAGGUUUACUUCAAAGGGAACACCCAGGUAUUGCAGUAUCAGUUAAGACAAGACAAGCCAUUCGAAGUGUCCUGAACACAUUAAGAGACUCCAUUCUUGAGCUGAGAGGGGAUGGACUCCUAGAUGAAAUGGAAGGACAAAAGUUAGAAAUGAUGGUUGAAGAAAGAAUGAAGAAACUUCUCAAAGCACCUUCAAGCAUUCCUCCACCUUCUCCCAUUCAUCUGCUGCGCAAUGUUGCAUGGCUUAAAGGAGAUGAUAGACUUCUGGAAUUUUUUGUGGAAAGAGCUGAGUUACUGACGUACAACUAUGGAGACACUCUGAUGAGGAGAGGAGAUCUGCCUAAUGGCAUAUAUAUACUACUCUCUGGCAUGGUCAAGCUUCAAGGUGUCAAUGAAGAUAAGACUGAAGGAGGAAUAUCGCACGAUGAGGAAGUGAUGGACUAUUUGUCAGCUGGUAAUGUUCUGGGUGAAAUGGGUUUCCUUACAAACAGCCCUAGAAAUGCUGACAUCAUAUGUGAAACCAGUGUACAGGUUUACCUGAUCAAACUUGAAGACAUGCUGCUGGCACUUCACACUUUUGUAGAGGAACCAUCUCUGGAGUACAGACUGUGGCAUGUGUGCGCAGUGCGUCUAUCAACUACUAUAAUGUUGAAUCAGCCACAGUAUCAGGGUUGGACAAAGGAAAAAAUGCAGAUGUAUCUUGAAUCUUCUUUCCUGGUUAGCACAGAAGACUUGAAUGUUUUUGAUACUACUCAGUAUGAUUCAGUGAUGUUAAUUCAAGGCACAGCCACAGAUUUCAUUUCCAGAGAAGAAUACCAGGGCCCAUGCUUCAUCCCAAGAAACUGCACAAAGCUCAAGUUUGCACCCAAUGAUUACCCUAAUCAUAUUAUUCUUGUGGUGCCAAAGGAAGAUAUCCCUGCACUUCUACCACCUGAUAGGGGCUCAAAAGCAAGUGUGAAACCCAAAUACAGCCACUACAAGUCAAGUUUUUGUCUCAGACAUGCCUCACAACACAGAAUUGACCUCCAAACUAGAAUAAGCAAGACUAAGGCUUCAGAAAAUGCUAGUAAAACCAGUUUAACUGCUAGAAUAUGGACAAGGUUAAGCUCAACAGACAAUACCUUAAGUCCUCACAUGGCGCUGCCCCCUAUUGUGUAAUCUGUUGUGAGCUUACUUUGGCAAGCCAAUUCAUGAAGAAACCAAUAAGUGCAAAAGAG